GCAACACUGGUCAGCACCAGUUGGGGGAAACAUGUCGUCGGCAUCUGAAACAGCGACAAAGUGCCAUGGUUGAAGAAAAGACCACCGCACGCACUGCAGGGCUGGAUCCGACCACAUCCUCCAGCUGUGCCCGGUGUAUUGGCGCGCAAUAAGCCCCCCAUUCAUCAUUCAUUAAGCCAGGCACUGCCGGAGCCCCUUGGGGACAAUGCGCUAGAAAAUAAAGCAGAGUUGACCUCGGCACCAAAUCAAGUACAAACAGGUAAUGCUGCCCCCUCCACAGCUCUGGUCGUCAAGGAGAUGGAGCCUUCGCCUGUGGGCGGGACCUCCUCAGCAUCCCUGUUUCAGCUGCCAAUCAAAGAGCGUGCCUCCAAACCUGCGGAAGAUAGCGACGCCCCACCCUCCUCCUCUCCACCAAUGAGGGCUCUGACAGGACACGCGUCCAAGACCUUCCUCUCAACCACAUCCUCCACCUCCUCCUCCUUCCCAUCCACCUCCUUCGCCUCCUCCUUCUCCUCCUCCUUCCCCACCACCUCCUCCUCGUCUCCCUCCACCUCCUUCUCCUCCUCCUUCCCCACCUCCUCCUCUCCCUCCGCCUCCUUCUCCUCCUCGCCUGGGAGAGCCAAGAUGAGCGUGUCAGGGCCAGGCACCAGCAAGUCCACGCUGCCCCCUGCUCCUCCCUCCUCCUCCUCCUCCUCCUCCUCCUCGAGCCUUGCUGUCUCCGGCCCCCCGCCGAAGGUCCACCGAGCGAGGAAGACCAUGAACAGACCCCCCCCUGCGCAGCUGAGUCGCGUUGAGGCGCCCAUCUUUCUGGUGAUGCCGUCGGGCCCCUCAGCCUGCCUCCUGUCGCAGAGUGAAACCGCUGCCAAAAGAAGACGGUUGGGUCUGAUGUUCGAAGGCACAAGCGAGAUGGACAUCAGUGCUUCGGAGAAAGGUCAAAGGGGGGGGGAGCCUGUUGCCAAGGCGGGACCAGCCGAGAGCAGCGAUUGGCUGAAGGAGCCGAAGGAUGAAGAGGAUCCAAUUCAAAUCUCUGACAAGUCCUCAGGUCCGUGGUCAGCGGGGGCGGAGCCAGAGACCGCCAUGAACAUGUCCACCCAUGGCGUCGGAGAGGCCGAGGCCCAGAGGGAGAGCCACGGUAAGAACGGCCCGGGCACGUUUCCAUGGCUACAGCCUGGGCGGAGUCAGCAGAGGGAGGGGGCUCAGGGCUCGGAGAUGCAUGAAGGCUCCAGGGGGCCUGGGGUCAGUGCUGUGGGGGGGCCCCCUGACUAUUCGGAGGUUCCUCUGGACGUCUCUGCUGCCGACAGCCUCACUCUCUCGCCCCACCACGAGGGAAGUGAUGCGGGGGACCGUCUGGAGGAGCUGCCCCUGUGCAGCUGUAGGAUGGAGGCCCCCCGGGUCGACUCCCCCGGGCCGGGGGUCAACCGCCGCUGCAUGGCCACGGAGAGCGCGGACGGAGAGCUGCGUGCGUGCCUCAGCGUGACGGUGAAGGCGGAGACGAUGCGUCCUUCGAGCCGCGUGGCUCUCCAGGUGCUCUGUGACCUCCACCGCGCCCACAUGGUCAAACACCACUGCUGCCCCGGCUGCGGCUUCUUCUGCCUCGCGGGCACCUUCCUGGAGUGCUGUCCCGACCAGCGCAUCGCCCACCGCUUCCACCGCGGCUGCGUCACCGUGCUGGGCGGCGCCCGCGGCCGCAGCAACAACAACAACAGCAACAGCCAUCACCAUGGCAACCACCACAGCAGCAGCAGCAGCAACAACAACGGCAGCAGCAGCAACGGGGGCGGGGGGAUGCUGUUCUGCCCCCACUGCGGCGAGGACGCCUCGGAGGCCCAGGAGGUCACCAUCCUCUCGCCCGUCUCCGCGGCGACCGGCGUGGUCACCACAACGGCGUCCUCCACCACCGCGCCCUCGCUGGCCACGCCCGCCGGGGGAGGGGGGAAGCCCGACAGACCCGUGGGUGCGCGUAUGCGUGGCCACGGCGUUCCCCCGCGGGACCCCGACCACCACGCCCAGCCCCCCCCCCCGGCCCCCCUGCCUCCCCCGCGCCCCGCCUCCGACCCUCUGGCCUCGUCCUCGUCGGUCGCCACGGAGACCCGGCCCCCGGCGUCGGAGGGGGGCGAGGGGGAGGGGGUGGACAGCGCGGGGCCCUCGCUCUGCCUGCCCAACGGGGGGCUGGUGUGUCCCAGCGCGCUGCCCCCGGGGCCCAGCAGGGCGGCGCUGCAGAAGGCCAUCCUCACGCACGACACAGAGAGCCGUCCUUCCCUCCUGGAUGGUGCCUCUUCCUCCAGCGGCCUGAAGGAGGCCGAGGGCAACGGGCUGAAGACCCACGUGCCGAUGGAGAGGAGGAAGAAGCUCCGGUACCACCCCCGCCAGCUCUUCCCGGCCACCAAGCAGGGGGAGGUGUUGAAGGUUCUGCUCAUGCUCAUGGAGGGGAUGGAUCCCACCAGCCAGCCUGACUCCCAGGGCAGGCGGUCCGCGCUGCACGCUGCUGCCCAGAGGGGAGCUCUGGAGCUCUGCUACAUGCUGGUCCAGGCGGGCGCCAACGUGGACGCCAAAGACAAGACCACGAGGACCCCUCUGCUGGAGGCCAUCACCAGCGACCACGUGGAGGUGGCCCGCUACCUGGUGCAGUGCGGGGCCUCCGUCUACCACGUGGAGGAGGACGGCUACACCGGGCUCCACCACGCCGCCAAGCAGGGGAACCUACAGCUGGUCCACCUGCUGCUGGAGACGGGACAGGUGGACAUCAACGCCCAGGACAGCGGCGGCUGGACGCCCAUCAUCUGGGCGGCGGAGCACAAGCACAUGGACGUGAUCCGGGCGCUGCUCAGCCGCGGCGCCGACGUCACCAUCCAGGACAAGGAGAUGAACAUGUGCCUCCACUGGGCCUCGUUCGCGGGCAGCGUGGACAUCGCUGAGCUGGUGCUGAACGCCGGCUGCUCGCUGUCCUCCGUCAACAUGCACGGGGACACGCCGCUGCACAUCGCCGCCCGCGAGGGCUUCCUGGAGUGUGUCACGCUGUUCCUGUCCCGGGGGGCCAACAUCGACACCACCAACCGGGAGGGGGACACCCCGCUGAGCCUGGCCAAGCCCGACACGCCCGUCUGGGUGGCGCUGCAGAUCAACAGGAAGCUGCGCCGGGGCGUGGCCAACCGGGCGCUGCGCACCGAGAGGAUCGUCAGCAGUGACGUCGCCCAGGGUUACGAGAACGUGCCCAUCCCCUGUGUGAACGCUGUGGACGAGGAGGGCUGCCCGUCGGACUACAAGUACAUCUCGGAGAACUGCGAGACGUCGGCCAUGAACAUCGACCGCAACAUUACCCACCUACAGCACUGUAGUUGUGUUGAUGACUGCUCCUCCAGUAACUGCCUUUGUGGACAGCUCAGCAUCCGCUGCUGGUACGACAAGGACCAGCGGCUGCUGCAGGAGUUCAAUAAGAUCGAGCCCCCGCUCAUCUUUGAGUGUAACCUGGCCUGCUCCUGUUUCCGCUCCUGUAAAAACCGCGUGGUCCAGGCCGGCAUCAAGGUGCGCCUGCAGCUGUACCGGACGGAGAAGAUGGGCUGGGGUGUCCGGGCGCUACAGGACAUCCCCCAGGGGAGCUUCAUCUGCGAGUAUGUGGGGGAGCUGAUCUCGGACGCGGAGGCAGACGUUCGGGAGGACGACUCGUACCUGUUUGACCUGGACAACAAGGACGGCGAGGUGUACUGCAUCGACGCCCGUUACUACGGCAACAUCAGCCGCUUCAUCAACCACCUGUGCGACCCCAACCUGAUCCCGGUGCGGGUGUUCAUGCUGCACCAGGACCUCCGCUUCCCUCGCAUCGCCUUCUUCAGCUCCCGGGACAUCCACAACGGCCAGGAGCUUGGGUUCGACUACGGCGACCGCUUCUGGGACAUCAAGAGCAAGUACUUCACCUGUCAGUGCGGCUCGGAGAAGUGCAAGCACUCGGCCGAGGCCAUUGCGGUGGAACAGAGCCGGCUGGCGCGCCUGGAGGCCUGCCCGGAUUCAGCUCCCGAGCUCGGGAUGACCCUCCUAGGAAACGCCUAGGCUCCGUGCUAUCAAGGCCCGAUGUGGGUCUUGUCGUUCAUCUCUUGUAAUUAUGUUCUGGGUAAUGGAAUGGAAACAAAUCCCACGGAUUCCAUUUUUUAUCAAACUUCACACUUUUUGGACUUUUAUUGUAAUGUUUUAGUUCUUUUUUAAUUAUUGAAAUAAAAAGUUGCUGUCUUUUGAUUUUCAAUUCUGCAGUGUAUUUAACAAACGCGCUAGCCUACUUUUAGCAGUGAUCAUGGUUUUUGGUUUAGUAUAUGUUUUUUAGCUGUCUUCUGCCACGGUAUCAGUGUUUAAGGGAGGUUACGGUCCACUUCUAUGUGGUGGAUUUGUAUUGUGAAGUGACUUAUUGUUGGGAAUGGGAGGUCCGAUUUGAGCACUAUGGACAUCUUCAAAAGGAAGUGUGAAACGUCUGUAGAUCAACCCAUUUCAGUUUUACCGUUUAUUUUACUCUUUUUAUACAUAGGCUAUUGCUUCUUUAUGACUUUGAGGAAAUAAAGAUGAAAGAAAUCUGUGAA